GUAGGUCUUAGGCCCCUCUGACAGAUGAGGAAACUGAGGCCAGACACGGUGCAGUGCCCGAGAACACACAGUGAGCGGGUGGCUGAGCCCCGGUUGGGUACCAGGCGCAGGCAGGCCGCUGGAGCGUGGGUCCGACUGCAGCCUCAGCCUCCUGCUGUCCGGGUUGAGGCUCGGGGAGACCCACGCUCCAAUGCCCCCUCUCCAGAUGGUGCCAGUGCGCAGGCCGUGGCCCACCAUGGCCACCGUGCUGCUGGCCCUGCUCGCCUGCCUGGGGGCGCUCGUCGACGCCUACCCCGCCAAACCCGAGGCUCCCGGCGAAGGCGCCUCGCCCGAGGAGCUGAGCCGCUACUACGCCUCGCUGCGCCACUACCUCAACCUGGUCACCCGGCAGCGGUAUGGGAAACGCGACAGCCCCGAAGCCAUCCUCUCGAAACUGCUCUUCCCCGACGGCGAGGACCGCCCGGUCAAGUCGCGGUCAGAAGGCGACUACGUGUGGUGACGACCCCCGAGGCCUCCUGGGAGAUGUGCUAACGACACCGACCUCAUUUGCAUGUUUGCUCCUGGCCCCGGAGCCUGGAUUCCUCUCCCUGCCCGCUGCGGCUGGGGAGGGAUCCGGGUGGGGUCUUCAUUGCCAUUUCUCGCUGCCACCACCCUCUGGGUUGGAGGGCUGUGUGGUCCUCCCCUGGUCCCCAAAUAAAGAGCAAAUUUCACUGAA